CGUGACCCCCGAUGACCCCCGAUAAAACCGAAAAGCCACAGUUGUCGUGUUCUCUCCCUCUGCUUCCUCCGUCUUCUUCUCCGUCCUGAGGGUUUCUCGCAGGUUCUCUGCUUGAGGUGGCUGAGCUCGAAGAAAGUCAUCUUUCACGGAAGGGUUGUUAGUAAAACAUGGCGGAUAUAGAUGACAUUCAACCUCUUGUUGUUGAUAACGGCACUGGAAUGGUCAAGGCUGGAUUUGGGGGAGAUGAUGCCCCAAGGGCCGUAUUCCCUAGUAUUGUUGGUCGGCCUCGGCAUACGGGUGUCAUGGUAGGUAUGGGCCAGAAAGAUGCCUAUGUCGGGGACGAGGCCCAGUCCAAGAGGGGUAUUCUCACGUUGAAGUACCCAAUUGAACAUGGGAUUGUUAGCAACUGGGAUGAUAUGGAGAAGAUCUGGCACCACACCUUUUACAAUGAAUUGCGUGUGGCCCCCGAGGAACAUCCCGUGCUUCUUACUGAAGCCCCUCUCAACCCUAAGGCGAACAGGGAGAAGAUGACUCAGAUCAUGUUUGAAACCUUCAGUGUGCCUGCCAUGUAUGUCGCAAUACAAGCGGUGCUGUCCCUUUAUGCUAGUGGUCGUACUACAGGGAUCGUCCUUGAUUCGGGUGAUGGAGUCAGUCACACUGUUCCAAUCUAUGAAGGAUAUGCUCUUCCCCAUGCCAUCCUUCGGCUUGACCUUGCUGGACGGGAUUUAACAGAUGCUCUGAUGAAGAUCCUAACCGAGAGAGGAUACUCGUUCACAACAUCAGCAGAGCGGGAAAUUGUACGGGAUAUCAAGGAGAAGCUCGCCUAUGUUGCUCUCGACUACGAGCAGGAGCUUGAGGCUGCUAAAAGCAGCUCAGCAAUUGAGAAGAGCUAUGAGUUACCCGAUGGGCAGGUGAUCACCAUCGGUGCAGAGCGGUUCCGAUGCGCAGAAGUUCUGUUCCAACCCUCUCUCAUAGGGAUGGAAGCACCGGGAAUCCAAGAAACCACUUAUAACUCCAUCAUGAAGAGUGAUGUGGAUAUACGGAAGGAUCUGUACGGGAACAUUGUGCUGAGUGGUGGAUCCACCAUGUUCCCAGGCAUAGCUGAUCGCAUGAACAAGGAGAUUUCUGCGCUCGCGCCGAGCAGUAUGAAAAUCAAGGUGGUGGCUCCUCCCGAGAGGAAAUACAGUGUUUGGAUUGGAGGGUCUAUACUAGCUUCUCUGAGCACGUUCCAGCAGAUGUGGAUAACAAAGGCGGAGUACGAUGAGUCUGGGCCCGCGAUUGUUCACAGGAAGUGUUUCUAGACAGGCAGUGUUUUUUGUAUGUUCUGAGCGAUGUAAUUUCUCGUGUACUAGUCUGUGUAGUUUGUGGACCAUCGGAACUUGGCUUGUUCGGCUUUGUGUCUUUUUCUUGUUUUUGUAUGUUAGGAGUAUUGCCAAAGGACAGUGCAUGAUCUAUAGUCUGAAUGCGGUCGAGUAUGUAUGAUAAUUUCAGGAACCUCCCUUUUUUGAAGAUGCUUUGAUUUUCGAAAUUGCCCAACUGAAGGUUCGACUUGAAUUA